AUGCAAGCUAUCACAGGCGGUGCAACCCUGGACAGUGUCCCAUCCAGAGGAAAAGACAACGGCCCGGCGGAAAGGCGGAAGCAGCAGAACAGAAUAGCUCAACGAAGGUAUCGAGACAAGAUAGCCAGCCGCACCAAAACGCUGGAAGCUUUUGCACAACAAGCGCGUCAACUACUCAGUGACGCGGUUGAUCUCGAACUAGAGGAGCCACGAUGUCCGGAGUGUAGCCACUGCCGAGGUCUUGAGAACAAUCACGAAGCCGAUACGCUUCAGGUUGUAGAUGAACCAACUCCACCUCAAGCCUGUCACCGGGACGCUGUCAUGGGCUCUUUCACCUUGUCGGACGGUGCAUCUCAGGAGAAUCCACCAACAAUCCCGGCUGGGAUCUCAAGAGCGAGUACCCGGAAUUCGUACCUUGGCGAACCACGAACCCCUACAAACAGCAGUCUUGCUUGCCUACAAGACGAUCUGGGAGAAGGGCGUGCAGCGCAUACAGGAGUGCCCAUGACGCCCAACCAAAGUCUCACUGCCAAACCAAGAGAGGAUGCAGGCCGCUUCGGCGCUUUACACACCCCUCUGUCCGACCAGACCUUUGCGGACUACAUGGAUCUUUCAGGCUUGGGAUAUCUGGAUAAUCACACCAACGCGGUCAUAUUGACUCCCUCCGAUGAACCUCUACAGCCAACGCUGACAUGUGAAGAUAGCGUGCAGGCGAGUGCAGCGUUGCAUUUGGCGGCGCGAGAAGGUCAGACGCGCAUUCUUUCCAUCCUGCUACGUACUGGUUUCCGCGCCGACUCGCGAGACGAGCGAGGGAGGACGCCGCUACAUCAUUGUGCAUCACACAGUCAUACGGAGACAGCCAAGGUACUUCUCGACGCGGGAGCUAGUAUCAAUGCUGUAGAUGUGGACGGAACCAGUGUCGUCAUGACUGCGGUGAAAGCAGGAAGCGAGAGAAUGGUGGAAUUAUUACUAAGCUACAAGAGAUCGCACUGA